CCUCCGCUGCAGCCCCACUCUGACACAACCGGCAUGCCUGCAAACUGAAGCGUACAAAGACAGGCACGAUCUCCUCUUUCCGUCACCAAGCUUGGUAUUUUUGUGUCUUCCCGCCGAAGGACAAGAACUCGGAAGGGCGCUGAGGCUUUUUGUUUUUUGACGAACUUUGAGCCGGAAUCAAGCAGGACCAGGUCUGUCCCUGUUAACGUGGGAGCUGAAGGAGGAGAACACAGAACUGCUUCAUCAUGAAUUUUGUAAUGAAAGCUGCGCUGGGAGGAGGUCCCCCUGAUGUGGGCAAGAUGCUGGGUGGGGAAGAGAAGGAGGAAGACCCCGACGCAGCAAAGAAAGAGGAGGAGCGACAGGAGGCCCUGAGGCAGCAGGAAGAGGAAAGGAAGGACAAAUAUGCCAAGAUGGAGGCUGAGAGGGAAGUGAUGAGGCAAGGCAUUAGGGAUAAGUAUGGCUUGAAAAAGAAGGAGGAAGCCGAGGCGGAGGCCGCAGCCGCUGCAGAGGAGCAAGACCCAGGCAGCUUGACUCGACCCAAGAAGCUCGUGCCAGCCGGCUGUGGAGAUGAGGAAGAGGAGGAAAGCAUCAUGGAUACAGUGAUGAAGUACCUGCCGGGCCCACUGCAAGACAUGCUCAAGAAAUAGGAUUCCCAGUUAACUACUGAUAUUGACGUCUAGCUUAGUUCGGAGGCUGCAUAUACAAUGUUGGCUUGAGUCAUAUUUUCUUCCUCAGUCAAAUGUCACUGUGUUAAUUGAAGUCACAACUUGGCGAAGUGCUUUCGUGUUGGGGGAACUUAAGGUUUUAUGACGGGGGAAGGAACCACAUUUGAGCCAGCAGUGUGGCAUACAGCCGCCAGACGAAGCUAGACCGACUCCACAGUCCCACGUUAACUUCAAUUGUGUUAACUACAUUUUGAAGAGCAGAGGGCCACAGACACACUUUCGAUGGUUAAACCUUCUGGUCUGAAGUUUUUGACUGAAUCUUUCUCUCCUCUGCGAUGGGUCCACCGCCUCCACACAUUUUGUACAUAACUAAACACCUAGCAAGCCUCAAAGUGGGCAAACACUCAUAGAUAUUAUACGAAAAAAUAUGAAUAGUCUCUGCGUCUGCUGGCUAAAAUAACAAAUGUGAUAACUCGAAAAGCCAUAUUUUAAAAACACAAAUUAAAAACCGCUGUCGUGUGAUCCUAAAGUGUCCGUGUUGGACCACGUCUGAAAUUUAUGUCAAACCUUUUGCACAGUGUUAAACGUUCACUGUUGUCUGCCCCUCGGACGCCCCGUCGCCGCUCCGGUACCCACGUCUUCCAUGUUCAAGCAGUAUAGCGUUUACAGAUGUUUCUUCCCUUUAGCUCGUGUGUCUCUUUUGUAUGUCUUGCAUGCCAUCUGUCUGGUAAGUUUGAUGUAUGAAUAUGUAUCCAAACCACCUGAUCCCUGUUUAUCCCCUCUUUGUCAUGCAAAACAAGAAAAUAAUAAUAAUAUAUAUAUAGAUAUAUAUAUAAAUGAAGGCAAUAACUCCUGAGUUUGACUGUGUUUUCACUAUGUUAAUAUAACCGUUUAUAACAUUAGUAUUAAAAAAUAGACGUGUGUAUACAGGGAACUGAAUUUUUCUUUUUUUUUGUCUGUGUUUGAAUGGUGACUGACCGCAUAGCUGUUCAUGUAACAGCUAAAACCUUAAGCUUUUAGCCAUAAAACCAGAACUUACAGUAUGUAUAGUAUGACAUUCAGGAUCUAUGAGAACAGAAUACCAAAUGGAGUCUGAAUGAGAUCAUUUGGGUUUUGCUUCUUGUAAAUAUCUGUGAAAAAGAGACCAACUUCCUUUCAGUUCACAUUCACACUGAGAAGUAGCUGCUGUAGUUUGCCAACUGAUUUUGUUUUACAGAAUUAUGAAAUAAAAUGAAAGGAAAUGUUGUUGGUUUGGAUGAGGGUGACAUGAAACGGCAACAGCAAUAAAGAAUUAACGUGUAUGUUUCUGCCUGAGAUUCAAUAAUAAAAAAAAACGUUAAACCUUCACAGACACA